AAGAAAUAAACAUAAUUUUAAUAUUUUGUUUUACUUCUUAUUAAAUAAUGUCUUCUAGUUGUAAUUAUGAGCCUAUCUAUUUCAGAAAGUGUUCUCAAAAAGAUGAACUGACCAUGCCACACUUACUCGACAUAAAAGAACUUAAGUCUAAAAUUAAACAAACUUCAAAACAAAAAGGAAUCAGUACUUUAGUAAAAUCUUCAUUUCAACUUGCUAAUAACGUUUCUGCUGAAGAUUCAACAAACUAUGUUUCUGAGACAAAUCAUUUUGAAGAUAGCAGAAGAUCUUCAAAAGAAUCAUCAGUUGAUGAAGAUAACCAAAAUGAACAUAGUCUUAGUUCAUCUUUAAGUUUUUCAUCUUUUCAAAAGCUACAAAGCAAGCGAUGCACAACAGUUGUUGCGGUUUUUUCAGACAAACAAGGGCCACAAAGAUCUUUGUCAGAACUCAGUAAAGUAUGUGAAAGUAUUAAUGUAGAGCUAAAAGAAUUAAAAUUUGAGAAUCUAGAUUUUGGUGGUUAUGAUGUUUUAGAUACAUUUUACAAUGCAGAUGUUUGUAUUGUGGAUAUGUCAGUACUUCAUGAACAAGCUUCUUUAUUUUACCACUUAGGAGUUAGAGAAAGCACUGGCAUGAAAGACAAUAUUGUGAUUAUUGAAGAUGUAUCAUCUGAUAAAACAACUAGUGUUAAGCUGUCAUGCAGUGGAUAUUUUUUUAUCUCAUAUAAAUUAAUGGCAGGUUUAAACUGUACAGUCACUAAUUAUUGUGGGUUCAAAGAUAGUUGCCCCAAAAAGUUGAGUACUGCAUUUUUAAGAGCUUUACGAAAUGUUCAAGGUACAAGUAAAGCAAAAUGUAAAGAAAUUUUUCUACGUGAUUUACGAAAAGCUAGAGAAAAGCUGACUGGUGUUGAUCUGAAACUGGAAUUAGACUGUCUUAAAAAGCGAGUUGAUGAACCAGCCUUAUUUUCUUCUGAUAUUCUUCUAAAUCUGUUAUAUGCAUACAGAGAUAUUCAGUCAUAUGAGUCUGUUAUUCAAAUUGUUGAAAGUGUUCCAGAUCAUCCUGAAAUACAAAACCGAGCUAUUCAGCAAAUUUAUGCUUUUGCUCUAAAUCGAAGUCAAGAUCCAGAAAAUCGCAAGAAAGCUUUAGAAGUUGUCCUUAAAUUACUAAAUGAUAAGGAACCUAAAUCUCCAGAUUUGCUUACUCAAGCAGGGCGUAUUUAUAAAGACAUGUAUUACGAUUCUCAAUAUACAGAUGAAAAAUCUAGAGAUGAGGCUAUCAAGUGGUACAAAGCUUCAUUUGAUAUCCAACCAUCAGAUUAUUCUGGUGUAAACUUAGCUUUACUACUUGUUGCAGCUGGUCAUGAAAUGUCAAAAUCUGAUGAUCUACAAAGAAUUUGUAUGACUUUAAAUGGAUUGAUUGGUCGAAGAGGUCAUUUGCAAACAUUACAAUCCUUUUGGAUUGUAGGUCGAUUCAUUUUAACAAGUAUACUUGCACGGGAUUUUCCUCGCUCUGUAUUGGCUUGUCAGCAAAUGUUUAAACUUGAUCCACCAAAUUGGUAUAUUCAAUCUCUUAUGAAAGACAUGCUAUUAUUAAAGCAUAUGAAGUUUGCAGAUGAAGAUCUUUGUCAAUUAACUCGAGAGCAAUAUCGAUUUUGGUCCGAAUUUUUCUCAAAAGCAGCUUUAUUUGAGGAAGUUAACAACGAAACUAAGUUUCCGGUAUUAAUAUUAGAUCCUGGUAAUCAGUACUCUGAAAGCUUCAUUUCCAUCAAUACUGAUGCACUUCCAGAUGAACCUAAUAACAUAGGUAUACGAUUAUGGCAUGCUACACCUGAGUGUCACUAUGUAGAAAAACUAAAAGCUACUUGCAAGAAAAUUCAUUCUUGGACAUUUAGUAGCAAUGAGAUUAGGGGUGUGAGCACAUUUAAAAAGGAUCCACGCUGUUUGUUCCUUUAUGUUCAGAAAAAUUCAGAUGAUUUUCAAAUUUUCUUUUCAUCUUGCCAACAUCAGCAAAGGUUUUACAACCUUGUAAAUAGCUUGUCAAACUCAUCAAAAUAUUUGGAUUCUGUUGAUGGUUACUCUAAUCCAGAUGAUCAAGAUGAGUUACAGUAUGAGUAUGAAUAUGAUGCUAGUGGUGAAAAAAUUUGCCUUGGUAGAGGUUCAUUUGGUGCUGUGUACGCAGCUAGGGAUAUAUCAACAAAUGUAAAACUUGCAGUAAAAGAAAUCCCAGAGAGAGAUAUAAGCCAAGUACAGCCAUUACAUGAAGAAAUUUCAUUGCACAAAGAAAUUCGUCAUCGAAACAUUGUACAAUAUAUUACUUCACGAAGCGAAGAUGGGAUCUGCAAAAUAUUUAUGGAACAAGUUCCUGGAGGAAGUUUAUCAUCUUUGGUAAUUGAUAAAUGGGGACCUCUUAUCGAUAAUGAAAGUGUCAUGUCAUAUUACACUCAACAAAUUUUAGAAGGAGUCAAGUAUUUGCAUGGUGAAAGAAUUGUUCAUCGUGAUAUAAAAGGUGAUAAUGUCUUAGUAAACACUUAUAGUGGUUGUUGUAAGCUAUCAGAUUUUGGAACAUCUAAACGCCUUGCUGGUAUUAAUCCAAACACAAAAACAUUUGCUGGUACUAUGCAGUUUAUGGCACCAGAAGUUAUUGAUCAAGGUCAAAGGGGAUAUGGACCUGAGGCAGAUAUAUGGAGUGUUGGUUGCACAGUAAUAGAAAUGGCAACUGGCAAGCCCCCCUUUUUUGAGCUUGAACCAGUGGCUGCCAUAUUUAAAGUGGGCAUGUUUAAAACUCAUCCAGAUAUCCCUGAACAAGCUUCAGAAUCACUUGUUAAGUUUCUAAAAAGAUGUUUUAAACCUUCCCCACAGGAGCGUGCAACAGCGGAAGAAUUAUUAACAGAUUCUUUUAUUUUAGUGCGCAAUAAGAAAAAAAAACCAAGAACUUCAAACCAGCUAACUGUUAUGACACCAACUCGAGGCAUUUCUGACCCAGGUCCACGCCAACCAUCAACAAAUCUUGACGAUUCAGGUAGCUAUAAUUCUAGCACCUCAAGUUUUGUUGGAUUAGAUUUAACAAAAGAAAAUUCUCCAAAUAAGUUAGAUCUUCAAGAAACUGAACAUAAAGAAGUUGUAGGAUCUGUAAAAGAUCACCAAAGACUUAAAAGAAUUGGGGAAACAUUAAAGGAAACAAGAGCGAAUAGUCUAGACAGUCCUUCAUCUGGAUCUUUGAGUUCAUUAUUUGAUCAUUCUUCUGAUGAUUUUUACCAAGUAAACAAAGCUCAUGAAUGCAAAGGUCUUCUCCUUAAAUCAAUGAAAUCCUACAAGCAAGAAAUCAUUGAUAGCUGGAUGCAAAAAAUUGCUGACUUGAAUUCAAAAUUUGAAUGUUUUUUAAAAGAAACAGCGUGUGCACUAUUACUAGAAGCAUUGACUCAUUACAUUGAGAAUCCUGCUGAUGUUGAUAUAAAAGAAUUUAUUAGGCCAAUUGAAAGAGAUCAUCCUGAGUUUGCUGAUGGAGUGUUGAAUGAAAUACAUUUGGCUUUCCACCUUGUUGCUGAUAUUAUUUCAGACAUCCUUCGUCUUCAUGUGCACAUUUUGCCUCAUUGGUUGUUUGCAAUUGAUGAUCUUAUCAGAAAUGCUGUUAAAAAAACGCUUGAAGACAUCACUGAAGUUAUGAAGCCUCACCAAAAUUUAAAUGGCAGUGAAAACAACUCAAAUGGAGAUUCUUUACAUUUAAGAAAAUAUGUCAAGUUUUUAAGUCGAGAAAGUGUCUCAAUUGAUGAUCGUUCAGUUUUGUUGGAGAAAAACAGAAUUCUUGCAGAAGAAAACAUGGGGCUUUUAGAAGAGUUAGUUGAAAUGCAGGAAACACUAAAUAAAGUUUUGCAUUUGAAAUUGGAAAGCGUGACCACUUUGAAGUCAAUUUAUAGUGAGAAAAAUGCUCCAAUUAAUUUUGCUGAAGAACAAGACAGUGCCCUUACUCAUUGGCUUGAAACUUUAGGAGUUCCGCAAAGUGAUAUUCAAAAAUUUCAUUUAAAUAACUGCACCUUUGAAGACGUUUCUUGUCGGCUUACUAAAGACGAUUUGAGAGAUCUAGGAAUUAGUGUCGGAUCAAGAUCAAGAAUAUGGGAUCGAAUACUUAGAGAAAAACAAAGAUCUACAUCUAUUUAGAAAUAAAAUCAACAAUUUUAUCAAUAGUUUUAUAACCCAUUAUUUUGUCAUGCAGUGCAUGUUUAGUGCAAUUUUUGAUAUUUAUUUUAGAAAAUCGAAAAUAUUUAUGGUGAUGUAUAUAAAGUACGCAAUUUUUUUAAAGUUUAAAGCGUGUGAAUAAAAAUUUUUUGAAAUUUUACCAAAUUUAUAGUUCUACACUGUUCAAAAAAUUCCGUACAUAUUUUAUGAACUAUUUCAUUUGUCAUAUAAUUUUUUUGUUGUUAUUUUUCAAUUUUAGCGAUUUUUAGUAUUUCAAGUUGACGUUUUACGGUUGGCGUAAGGCGUUGUUUUACGGUUGGCGUAAGGCGUUGUUUUACGGUUGGCGUAAGGCGUUGUUUUACGGUUGGCGUAAGGCGUUGUUUUACGGUUGGCGUAAUCCGUUGUUUUGAUAUUUAUUAAAUGUAUUAUGCAACAUUUACGCGGAAAAAAAAUUUAUUAAUUAUAAAAAAUAAAAAUGUUUUUUAACAAAUAUAUUUAUAGAGUGAAAUCUAAGGACAUUCUUUAGUCAAAAACUUCUAAGGAACCUAUAUGAUUUUGUAUGAAAAUAAAGUUAUAGACAAACUUUAUUUGCUUUAGUUUAAGUGUCAAACUCAAUUAUACUAAGACACUAUAGGAUCCUAUAGGAUUUUUUAACUAGGUUAAUGCAUUUUAUAAAAACAAGUUGUAUUUUGUAAAAAAAUGUUUUUUAUAAAAAUUGUUGUAUUGUAAAUCUAGAAGCGAUUUUAUUGAUUUUUUUUUUACAAAUUAGUUUUUAUUUGUUCUCCAGAAUUAUUAUUUUUUAAUUAUUUUUAAUAUUUAGUUAUCUAUAAAGCAUACGAUAUUACACAACGAUAAAAUCUAAUUGCUUUAAAGUU